AUGUCUUCAUUAAGCGGUCUCGAGCAGCUCCGCGCAGCUGCAAUUGAUGGUAGGACAGAGAACGUCAGGCACAGGCAGAACGAAAUCCAAAAGCUUCAUUUAUGCCUCCGCGAAAAUGCCGCUACCAUCUUGUCCUCCAUUACCAAGGACUCAGAUAGCGGCUCAUCGAACACCAGCCUUGAGUCGGAGGCAGAGUUCUGGCUGACCAUGAAUGCCGUUGAACAACAAUACGACGGGCUCGAUUUUGAGGCAUCGAUCAAACAAGAGUAUUUGAUUGUUACCGGGGCCAACAACCAGGGUCGGAGAAUUGGGAAGGGUGUGGUUGUUAUUCGUCCGACGACACACACGCGGUUCUAUUCCAUCAUAGUUCCGCUUGUAACUGCCAUAGCGGCUGGGAGCUGUACAGCUUUAGAGCUUGCAGAUACGAUGUUGAAUGUUGACUCGGUAUUGAAAGAUAUUCUACCUAAAUCGUUAGACCCUGACACAUUCUGCAUCAUAAACGCAACUCUUUACAGCCAGGAACAUGUAUUCCUUGUCGACCAAACAGCACAGAGCAAUGUAUCUUCUGUAGACCGGCUUUGCUCGAACUAUUCUGCGCGUGCAAUUGCGAUAGUCGAUCGCGAUGCCGACAUUGAAUUUGCAGCAAAAACUAUCGUUAAAGCGCGCUUCUCCUUUCAAGGAACUUCACCAUACAGCCCCGAUUUGAUUGUUGUCAAUGAGUACAUCAAGGACGAGUUUACUGAAGCAUGCUCUCGUUAUGCUGGGAAAUUCUUUCCCUCCAUGUCGAAAUCGAUAACAGUACGGAACAACAACUUCUUAGAAACCAAGAAAGCCCUGAAAGCUGCGGAAGAGAAGGGCGAAGUCACCACAUCUGGAACGACACUAUUCAAGAUUGUGGAUAUUCAUGAUAGGAGCUGUCCUAUGACCAAGAUGAAAAUCAGUGGUUAUUGCCUCUCCAUAAUCUCAUCGAGCAGCCUAGUUGACAGCGUCAGCAUCAGCAAACUAAGCCCCGACCUUCUUGCACUCUACACCUUCUCUGACCCAGCAACGGCUAAAUUUCUCUCUCAGCAUGUCAAUGCCCACACAAGUUUUGCCAACUCUAUCCCCUCGCACAUACUCGUUGGGCCUGCUGCGCCCAUUACCCCCGUCCCCGCACCACCACACCACAAAUAUAGCACCAACAUGUUCUCGUCACCACGGCCACAAUACAUCGCCUUGCCGGCACCAUCUAGCAACCUCGCACUGAUUGACGACAUGCUAGCCAGGUUCUACGAGCCUGCGGGACAGAGCUCGGCUCUGGUGAAAUUGAGAGGAAAGGUGGUAGGAAAAGAUGGAAAAGCCGCAAAGCUUUUGAAACCAAAGAAGGUACAGCCAGAGGGGAGUCAGUUGGGAUUUUUUGAGCAGGGAAUUUUAUUAGGUGCAGGAUUGGUUUUGACGGUUAUCAUUUCGACGGCGAUUGGGGGGAUUUGGGUGGUGAAGCGCUCGAUUAAGGAACAGCGGCCCCUGUAGCAGUUGACAUUAGAUAUGGGAUUGGAAGGUGUAUUCGGAGAGAAAAGAUAUGUACUAGAGAAGUGGAUUAUGA